GACAGUUACAUACGACACGAAGCCUACCUUCUAUCCCACUUGCUCCACCAUUACGCCCACUCCUUUUCAGCAUGGGCCUCUUCAAAAAGAAAGACAAGCAGUCACAACCCCAGUCGCAGUCGCAUCCGCAGUCGCAGCAGCUGCCCCCGCAACAAGAGCACCAGCAAGCAGGGAGUCACUACCAGUCUCCCUCUCGGCACCCCCAGUCCGCUUCCGCAAGAGGCGCUGCCUCCCCCUCUUCUUCCCACCCGUCCAAGACGACUCUUUCCCUGCAUGGUCUCCCACUCACAGUAUAUGGCCUCUCUGAGCUCACUCCUUCCUCCUCCCGUGCUUCCUCUCCGCCUCCCCCAGAGGUAUGUCUCGUAGUGCACAUGCAUGGGCGUGGUGGGAGUGCAGAGAGCGAAGAGUGGAUUUGCCAGGGAUUGUGGAGAAGCGCAAUGCAGGAAAGGGAGGACUAUCUGGGUACUAGCAAUGGAUCUACUCAAGCAGCAGGCGGAGGAUCAGCAGCGAGAAGAGGUAGAGAGGUAUUGGUCGUUGGGUUUGAUGCGAGGAAUCAUGGUCAUCGCUUGACGGAUGAGCUGGCCCAGAAGGGGUGGGGAGUGGGAAAUGAACAGCAUGCCAUUGAUCUUUACGGGAUGAUCCUAGGGACGGCUGCCGACGUUUCCCACAUCAUCUCCUUCCUCCCCUCCUACCUAUUCCCCCACGACGACCGCCUCAUCACUGUCAACUGCGUCACCGGCAAGUCCCUUGGCGGUCACGCCGUCUGGCACGUCCUCAAGGAUGAUCCUCGGGUGACCAUCGGCGUAAGCAUGAUCGGCAUGCCUGAUUACGAGCGUCUUUUAGAAUUUCGUACAAAGCAAAGUUUCAAGACCAAUGGACCACCCACGGUUCCUGCUAGUUUGAAGAAAUUGGUCAGAUUGAGAGACCCGCCUUAUUGCGGGUAUGAUCGAUGGGGAGAAGGGAACCCUUACUGGGGCAAAAAAGUCCUCGCCCUCUCCGGCGCACAAGACAAGCUGGUCCACCCCUCUUUUUCUCAACCUUUUCUCUCCCGCUUGGCAAUCUCCCACCCUGAAGGUCGUACGGGGGAGCAAGUGGGAUUAAAGGUGAGGUGGUUGGAUGGAGUGAAACAUGAGGUUACAGAGGAGAUGGUUAGAGAGGCGGGACAGUGGAUUGGAAAGUGGGGGUUGUUGGGAUGAGAGGAGGGGAGGAGGGGAGGGAAGGAAGAGGAGAGGGGGGAAAGAAUGGGAAGGACCCAGGAGGAGAGGGAGAGAGAGAAGUGUCUUCGGAUCACAAUACCCUAGUCUGACCACGAUGUUAAUGUAAUUGAACUUCAAUGCCAGUCAGAAG